CCGCGCUCCUGGCGCCGAGCAGCGCGCCGCGGCCGCCAUCGCCAGGGGGUCCCGGCCCCGGCCGUGUCCGGGAACAAUAAAGCUCUUGUUGCGAGCGCCGGGGCCGGGAGCGGGGCGAGCCCCUCCGCCGAUCGUCCCUCCCGCCCCUCGGCGUCGGGCCCUGCGCCCGGUGCAUGGAGAAGCAGGGUAGGAUGGACUGCCCUGCGUUGCCCCCGGGCUGGAAGAAGGAAGAGGUGAUCCGCAAGUCGGGCCUCAGCGCCGGCAAGAGCGAUGUCUACUACUUCAGUCCAAGUGGUAAGAAGUUCAGAAGCAAGCCUCAAUUGGCAAGAUACCUGGGAAACACUGUUGAUCUCAGCAGUUUUGACUUCAGAACGGGAAAGAUGAUGCCCAGUAAAUUGCAGAAGAACAAACAGAGACUAAGGAAUGAUUCUCUCAAUCAAAAUAAGGGAAAACCAGACUUAAAUACUACUUUACCAAUCAGACAAACAGCAUCAAUUUUCAAACAACCAGUCACCAAAGUUACCAAUCAUCCUAGUAACAAAGUGAGAUCUGAUCCGCAGCGAGUAACAGAGCAGCCUCGGCAGCUUUUCUGGGAGAAGAGGCUACAGGGCCUCAGUGCAUCUGAUGUCAGUGAACAAAUCAUAAAAUCCAUGGAGCUACCUAAAGGUCUUCAAGGAGUUGGCCCAGGUAACAAUGACGAUACCCUGCUAUCAGCUGUUGCUAGUGCUUUGCACACCAGUUCUGCACCUAUCACGGGACAGCUCUCGGCAGCUGUAGAAAAGAACCCAGCUGUUUGGCUUAAUACAUCUCAACCCCUCUGCAAAGCUUUCAUAGUCACAGAUGAUGACAUUAGAAAACAAGAAGAGCGGGUGCAACAAGUGCGUAAAAAACUGGAGGAAGCGCUAAUGGCAGACAUUUUGUCACGAGCAGCUGAUACGACAAAAGAUAUAGAUGUAGAAAUGGAUAAUGGCGAUGAAGCAUAAAAAGAAAUCAGGUACUUUUAACUGACUUGUUCCAGGAGGAAAUUCCUAAAAGCCAGAGGCACUUUCUCCUUCGGUCUUUCGUUAUAAGAAGAAAUGGACCCAUGCACAUUUAUAUAGCUUUCUAAUAGCAUUAAAACCAAUGCCUUUUUUAGACUCCUAUUUUUGAUGUAUAUAUCUUAUUUGAAAAGCAACUUUAUUUUGUGUCCUAUGACUUAAAGUCCUUUUUUAAGUAUUGAACAUUACCCUUAAUCUAAAGCUGAGCUUUUGAUGCCAGGUUGCAAACCUACUGGAAUUAUAUUGCCUGUACUAAAUAUUUGUUUUUCCUGUGGUUUUUAGUAAGGAUGGAUCAGGAGAACAGAACGAUUUCACAAUUAAAGAUUAUUGUGACUCAGUGUAUAUAAACAGAUUUUUAUACCUAUGGGUGAAAACACCUGUACAUUCUUCCGUCAUCACUGUAAAGAUAAAUAAAUGAUUAUAUUCCAA